GUUCCCCAUGAUCUUCGCAACGCGACUCCGCGUCGCGGGACGUGACCGGAUGGAUGGAUCCGAGCGCCCUGCGAGAACUGGGCCUGCAAACCUCCCUGGAUGAUCCUCCCCUGCUGCUGCGCAAAAGCGUGCACAAGCCAAAGCUGUUCGACGUCCCUCUGGAAUUUGAGUCUGAGAUACGCGCUUCGAAUCACCUCCCGGAACUGCGCAUUUGCACCUGGAAUGUGCUGGCCCCGAGCUAUGCCUUACAGAAGUCCUUUCCAGAUGUGAAGCCCGAGUACUUGAAGAUCUCACACCGACGAAAGCUGUUGUAUGAGGUGAUUUCACUCCUCAACGCAGAUGCCAUUUGCCUUCAGGAGAUCGAGGGCUUGGAGGAGUGGCAAGCUCACUUGGUAGGCCUCGGAUAUGCCACGGCCUUCGCCCAGCGGCCCGGCCGUGCCGAUGGUUGCUUGAUCGGGUGGCUCCGUUCACGGCUCAGGUGUGUUGACACGCUGUCUUUGAGUUUUGAUGAUUGCUUGGCGAUGCAGCAGUUGCCACUUAGUGUGCAUUCGCGGUUUGCCCGGAAGAAUGUCGCACUGGUGGUGGAGCUCGACUUGGAAGGAAGACGCUUCCUGCUUGCGACCACCCACCUCUACUGGGGAAGCGAACAUGAAGAUGUCAGAUCAUGGCAGUUGCAAGUCUUGCUGGAGCAUGCAGCUACUCGCUUUGGAUGCCAGAAGCCCUUGGCGCUGUGUGGUGAUCUCAACAUGCUUUCUUCUGGCGACGCUUACAAAUUUUUGAGGCAUGGCUCGUUGGAGGUCCCGCGGAAGUUCCGCAAUGUGGAACGCUUCUUGGUGGAUCGGGACAUUUCCAAGGCUGCCAAGCCUUUGCGAUUGCUCGGCCUGGACGUCUCAGUUGAAAGCCCGGAGGAACGUGAAGAACGACCAGAGGCAGCCCUUGGUUUGCGGAUCGCCCGCGUCCCGGUGGUCACUCGUGCUGCCCGCGAAGCGCGAGUCUUGGUGUCGGCCUCCAAGAGGCUAGUGAAUCGUGCCGAUGCCGCCUUGGCGUACUUUAUUGAUGCCAGAGAGUUUGAACUGUCCCUUGCGAAGCUUUGCAUUGAUCUGGCUGUCGACCUGGGCCCAGAGCGCUUCUUCACUCGCUGUGUGAAGUGCAAUGGCCUGGUGCUCCCCUUGGCGAGUAACGAGAAGGAGCUGUGUCCUUCCAGCUGUUGUGGACGACGGUGUUGGACGAUGUCCUUGUUGACCCAGGAGCAAGAUCGCGCAACGGCCUUCGGAGCACCGGCGAAUGGAAUUCCUCUCUUCACUUGUACUCUUUGUGGGCAGAUUUACUGGUUCUCCCAUGACCUGGGUAGUGCAUCUGCACGAGCUCGGCUGCAGGUGGAGAAUCUGGUGAACCUCGUCGAAGAGUUGAAGCGGGCGACGCCCAGCGACGCCGCCGAACUCGGCGAAGGUGUGCCAACUGAAUCUCGCCCCGACAAGGCCGAGGCCUUCUCCUCUGCGCGGUUCCUGCGUGAUGGCGGUGGGCGUCUUGAACAUCCCUGGAGCCUUCGCUCUGCCUUUGAAGAUGUAGAAGAAGAUGGUGCUGUCAGCAAUUCAAAGUAUGGUUUUCAUGGCUGCAUCGACUACAUUUGGUUGAGUCCAGAAUUCCGUCCUUCACGACGGCUUCGACUGCCAAAGGUGGCAGACUUCGAGAAGGAGCCAGGGAAGCCGUUGCCAUCUAUGGUCUCUUCUACUUGGCCUUCAGAUCACUGGCCUCUCGCCGUGGAUCUCGUUCUCUCGUGAGAGGAACUCCAGGAGCGAUGCAACACGAGCAGCUCGACGAGCGCGAGUCGAUCGAGCGGCUCGCGGCGGCGGCGUCUCGCUGAACCGCGCAGAACUACGCGCCACGUCUGCGGCGGCUGAAACGCGCUUUUCCGCCACCGCAGAGCUGCGAAACUCCACCGAGAUGGGAUGAAGUCGCAAGGAGCACAGUUCUCAGCCGAGAACUCUUCAGUCGGGCAGAGAAUACCGUGACAUACCGUGACAUGCAGAUGCCGCUGUGACUGAUGCGUGAGGUUUCUUUUUGAUGAUCUACGCAUGGUGAGACACUUUUGGUGAAGAUGUCAGGCUGUGUUUUCACCUCAGGCGAGACUCCAAAAAGAGACCGUAAAACCAAGUGCGCUGAGGCAUUGUUGUGGCACGAGUGGCAUGAGUGGCAUGUACACUGCAGGAUAUGCACCAUCAAGUGUACACUGAAGGAAUUAGGUUGGGUUCGUCACAACUUGAAUCAACUUGAUAUCUCUUCCUUGCAAUUGCCUUAUCUCUUUGUGUCCAAUAGAGCCGUGUGUUUGGCUCUAAGGCCAAGACUGCCAAAACCCAUACGCUAAGACGCUAGGCAAAGCGCCUCUCUGGUCCCGCUUGCUUUCGAAAAAAAAAGACACCUCUUAGGGCCUCUUAAGGCCUUUGGAUGUCUUUAACGUCGUUGUCCAAAAUCGUUUUCUUUGACCGAGAUGAAGCCGGUUUCUCCGAAUCUUGCUAGGUUUGUCAAUCUCUACUGCUUUGCCUUGUCGGCGAUCUUCCUCUCACUUGCCUUGCUGCUGUGGAUGUGCCACUGACCAUCUCAGAAAAGGCUUCGGCCAUCAUCUGAGGGUAUAGUCCCGCGGCGGCAAAGUGGAGCAACC